AUGGCUCUCCUUGUUAUUCUCAUCUUGCUUUUCUUGUACCCUUUGGGGAACAAUGGUGAGGGCCCACCUUCACCCGGAUACUACCCGAGCUACACAAUGGGUUCCAUAGGGUUUGAUCAAGGGUUCACAAAUUUGUGGGGUCCACAGCACCAAAGGCUCGACCAAGAGGAACUAACCAUUUGGCUCGACAAAACCUCAGGCAGUGGAUUUAAGUCGUUGAAUUCUUAUUCUUCUGGUUAUUUCGGUGCGUCAAUGAAGGUUCACCCUGGUUACACUGCCGGAGUCGACACAUCGCUUUAUGUGAGA